AUGGCAGAGGUAGAAAAGGGUCUGGGACUCACCUCGAGCGACAACAUACCAGACUCGCCUCGGUUUAACAGCGACGACUCCGAGCAAGAAAAAAAUCCGGUAAAAUGGUAUCGCUCGACUUUUUACAAUGCCCUCAUCCUCGGUAUAUGCAACUUCCUGGCCCCGGGAAUCUGGGGAGCCAUGAACUCGCUGGGUGGCGGCGGUGAUGAAUCGCCCUAUUUGGUCAAUGUCGCCAAUGGCCUAACCUUUUCGCUCAUGGUUCUCUCUUGCUUCUUUGGCACCGUCAUCGUGAAAUAUAUCGGGAUCAAGUGGACGUUUAUAGCCGGUACCAUUGGAUACGCCCCCUACGCUGCCGGUCUGUACACACAUAACCGAUACGGCUACGACUGGCUCGUUUAUCUCGGUGCUGUGCUUUGUGGGCUCUCUGCAGGCAUCUUCUGGAUGGCCGAAGCAGCCAUUGCGCUUGCCUAUCCAGAGCCAUAUAAUCAAGGACGGUUCCUGGGAUUUUGGCUGAGUUUUCGAGUGGGCGGCCAGAUUGUAGGAGGUGCCAUUGAAUUGGGUCUUGACGCCAAAGACAACACUGCAGGAUCGAUAUCGUAUACCGUGCUAGCGAUAUUCAUUGCACUCCAGGCCUUGGCCCCGUUUGUUGGUGUGUUGCUCUCGCCACCGAACAGAGUCCAAAGAACCGACGGGCUUCCAGUUCGAUUGCGCAUCUGCGAGCAAACAUGGACUAAAGAGGUGGUCGAAGUCACCAAACUGUUUUUCAGUCGAGACUUUCUGCUCAUUGUUCCUCUCAUUUGUCAAGCUGUGUAUACCGAGGCUGUGAUGUUUACGUACCAGGGACUCUGGUUUUCUGUGCGAGCCCGUGCCUUGGGAUCGUUCUUAUCAGGUAUUGUUGCGUUGAUUAGCGGGAACAUUCUCGGUGCCUUCAUUGACAGCAAACGAGUUUCGCUGAAGACACGAGCUCGAGCUGCGUAUUUCGUGGUGUUGGGACUGCAGGGUGCUUGGUGGAUCUGGGGGACAGUGCUGGUAACUCGGUAUAAUAAAACAAAUCCAGUAUUCGAUUGGACGGAUCCAGGCUUCGGGGCUGGGUUUGGCUUGUUUCUGUUUUGGGUCAUUGGAUUCCAAAUCAACUAUCUAUACCUAUACUUUGUCGUUGGAAAUAUCGCCAAGAAUGAGCAGGAAGUCAUCCGUAUAGCAGGCCUGCUUCGUGGCACCGAGUCUGCGUCUCAGGCAGUCAGUUACGGACUCUCGAGCGUCGCGAUAAUGGGCAGUGUUGGUGACAUCUACCUCAAUUUUGGUCUCUGGGCCGUGGCGUUAUUCCCUGCAUGGUUGGUCGUCAAGGAGAUCGGUGUGACGAAGGGAGAUGUGAAGAUUGAACGCGAAAAGGCAUUGGCAAACGCAGAUGCCGAAUGA